CGGGAAGUAGUUAAGGAUGGUGAUGAAAGAGAAGGAUGAAGAGCUUACCCUGUUUCUGGAGAUGCGAAGACGCGAGAUAGAGAGGGAGAAAAACAAUCUUCUCCUUAACAGUUCGGCCGAUGAACCUCAAGCUCCUUUAGGCUUAGGCAGUAAUGAUCUUUCACUGGUGUCUAAUAAGAUAACGGUGUCGUCUAUUGUACCGCCGCCGCGAAAGACUGCUACGGAGAAGUUCUUGGAUUCGGAGAAUGAUAAAUCUGACUAUGAUUGGCUUCUUACACCACCCGGAACCCCGCUUUUUACUUCCUUGGAGUUGGAAUCGCAGAAAACUGCAAUGAGUCAGAUUGGGAUGUCUAAUGUUCGUCCCACUGCUCUUAAGUCAAGGCUAAUAAAUAUCCAGGAAGAACCUGCUUCAAGGACUCAUGUGGGAUCCAAGGGAACAACUUUGCAGUCAGGACUGAACUCCACAAGUGCUGGUAACAGGAGGUCCGCAUCAGCUGGAGGACAAAGAUCUGUUUCGAGACCUGCAACACCCACAGGGCGGCCCUCUUUAUCUGCAACAGCUAAGCAUUCAAGACCGUCUACACCCACAUCACGGCCCACAUUGUCUUCUACUAAGUCUGUUGCUCCUCCAGCGAGAUCCUCAACUCCUACUAGAAUUGCUGCACGCUCUUCGACGCCGACUGCUAGACCAUCUCUUUCAGGUUCAAAGUCAGCUUCCAGAUCAGCAACACCAAUCCGCCAGUCAUCAACCCCUUCAAGUCCACCUAGUGUGGCUGCUGCUCCUGGCCAGACUUCUUCAGCGACUAAGUCAGUUCCUGCCACUCUGAAAAAUCCAGUGCCAUCACGUGGCAUUUCUCCAUCAUUAAAAUCUAGGCCUUGGAAACCUGAAGAGAUUCCUGGUUUCUCUCUUGAUGCUCCACCAAACUUAAGGACAUCAUUGCUAGAAAGACCAGCUUCAGCCACCAGGGAUAGGCCUGGAGGUCCAAGUGCUCGGCCAGCUUCAGCCACUCGGGAGAGGCCUGGAGGUCCAAGUGCUCGCCCAGCUUCAGCAUCGAGGGAGAGGCCUGGAGGUCCAAGUGCUCGCCCAGCUUCAGCUUCCAGGGGUAGGCCUGGAGGUCCAAGUGCUCGAUCAUCUUCUAGUGAUGCUGGUUUUAAUGGAAGACCAAGGCAACAAUCAUGCUCCCCAUCUCGAGGAAAGGCCAGUCGGAUGUCCAUUCCCUCAAAGAGCAGAACACAGACCAAUGGCGGUGACGAUGUGAACCCAGUGCAAAUGGGAACAAAGAUGGUUGAAAGAGUGGUGAACAUGAGAAAACUGGUACCACCAAAGCAAGAUGGCUCUCACUCCAGCCUCAGUAAUUCUGCUGGGAAGUCAUCCUCCCUUGAUAGCACAGGCUUUGGAAGAACUCUCUCAAAGAAAUCUCUGGAUAUGGCUUUGAGGCAUAUGGAUAUAAGGCGAAGCAUUUCGGGUAAUUUACGCCCCCUUAUGACCAACAUCCCUGCUUCCUCUAUGUACAGUGUCAGAUCAGGAGGAUCUUCAAAAGGCAGGACAGUUAGUGUUUCGGACUCCCCUCUGGCUACAAGCAGCAAUGCUAGCUCUGAACCAAGUGUCAACAAUAACUCCUAUUUUGCUGAUGGGAUAGAAAUAGAAGACAACGAAUUUGGAAGCGAUAGAGGAAAUUCCUCUCCUUCAAGUCAGCAUUUCAGGUGAUGUACCCUUCAG